UUCGCCUCUCCAACGGUCCGAGGACCAAUUUAUGCUCUUGACUAUCCUUUUUCUUUCCAAUUUUCUCGUGAAACAAACUGGGAAAACUCAAAAACCCUGGGAGAGAGUAUAGUACGAGGAGCUGAGUUUAGACUGACGGCGACUACGGAGAUGAUGGUGAUGAUUGAAACGGCGGUGGAGGUUCUGGUGCCGUCAUGGUGGGAGGUGAAGGUGACGGUGGCGGCGUCGCUGUUCGUGAUCUUCGCGUACUGGUUUUUCUCGAAUAAAGCGGAGGAUUUCGGCCUUGAUCGAACGCUGGGUGCCGAGAUUGCUUCGACUGAGGCCAUGGACGACGCGGACAAGAUAGCCCAAAUGAAAGGAGAUUCUCAAACCGAUUCUGCAUAUUUAAUUAAGUUGGAAUUGUUGGCAGCUAAGAAUCUUAUUGGUGCGAACUUAAAUGGGACAUCAGAUCCUUAUGCUAUGAUCACUUGUGGUUCAGAAAAGCGGUUCAGGAUUGGAUCCAAAUGGAUACAAUACUCAGGGUACACCCCUCUCCUCAAGUUAAAAAGACAUGAUGAGCUUCCUGCCCAGAUUAUUGUGACAAUAUAUGACUGGGAUAUAAUUUGGAAAAGUGCUGUUCUUGGUUCAGUGACUGUAACAGUUGAAAGUGAAGGUCAAACUGGUGCAGUAUGGUAUGCAUUAGAUAGCCCUUCUGGGCAGGUUUGUCUCCAUAUUAAAACAGUAAAACUCUCUGGAAGUUCUUCCAGGGUCAUGAAUGGGUAUGCUGGGGCUAAUCCUAGAAGAAGAGCUUCUUACGAUAAACAAGGGCCAACAGUGGUACAUCAGAAGCCAGGGCCUCUGCAAACAAUAUUUAAUCUCCUUCCGGAUGAGGUUGUUGAACGUAGUUACUCAUGUGCACUUGAGAGGUCAUUCUUGUAUCAUGGCCGUAUGUAUGUCUCUGCAUGGCACAUAUGCUUCCAUUCUAACGUGUUCUCAAAGCAAAUGAAGGUGAUUAUACCAUUGGGAGAUAUUGAUGAGAUACGUAGGAGUCAGCAUGCAUUCAUUAAUCCUGCUAUAACAAUUAUUCUUCGCAUGGGUGCUGGUGGGCACGGUGUACCUCCUUUAGGGAGCCCUGAUGGUAGAGUCAGAUAUAAAUUUGCAUCAUUUUGGAACAGGAAUCAUGCAUUGAGAGCAUUGCAACGGGCAGUAAAUAACUACCAUGCAAUGUUAGAAACUGAGAAGAAGGAGAGGGCAGAAUCGGCACUGCGUGCACAUAGUAGUUCUAUCAGAGGUAGUAGGAGACAGCCUAAGGUUCCUCAAGAUAAUGUGUCCAAACCUGAAAAGACUCAAGCAUUUAUCAAAGAAGAGGUUCUUCUUGGUAUACAUAAUAGUGUUUUCCCUUGCACAGCGGAACAGUACUUUACUCUAAUUUUGAGCGAUGAUUCUAGUUUCACAAAGGAGUACCGCUCACAACGAAAGGAUACUAAUCUUAAUAUUGGACAGUGGCAUGCGGCAGAUGAAUACGAUGGUCAAGUUAGAGAGAUCACAUGUAGAUGUCUCUGUAACAAUCCCAUGUGUCCCCCAGACACAGGCAUCUCUGAGUAUCAGCAUGCAGUCCUAUCACCAGAUAAGAAAACACUUGUUUUUGAGACGGUACAACAGGCACAUGAUGUUCCAUUUGGAUCUUACUUUGAGGUUCACUGUCGGUGGCACCUUGAGACCAAUUCUGAAAACACAUGUACUUUAGAUAUUAAAGUGGGUGUACAUUUUAAGAAAUGGUGCGUGAUGCAAUCCAAAAUUAAGUCAGGGGCUGUUAAUGAGCACAAGAAAGAGUUGGAGGUGAUGUUAGAUCUGGCACGUGCAUAUGUUAAGGCGCGUACUUCCGGUGGUGAGUCAAAUAAGCCGUUGCCGUCGCCCUCUUCUACUGUGACACAAGAUUUGUAACUAAUAUUUGAUUAGCUUAUUUUUUGGUUUAGUGUUAUUGUAGUGUUCUCUUGCAAUCGGCCUCGAUCUUUUUGUUCUUCAUUCUCUGCUUAGAAAUAGUGUGUGCUGCUUUAAUGCUCUUUAAUGUUAUAUCAAUUUCUUUUU